GUGCAGUCAAGUCUCCGCGAGAAAACGACCGGUCACAAAUCGUGCUGCACACACUACCGUUGAGGACCUACUCCGUUAGCUAACGUAAGGUGAAUGCUCAGUGUCGCUGUUUUAACCGAAUACCUGAUCACACAUUGAGUCAAUAAUUUUCGAUAAGCGCCGUCGGCCUUUAUCAAAUUCCGUGAAGAGUAUCAGCACAAUCUUGGUGGCUCAAAUAGUAACGUUAGCUAAUGUGCAAGGGCCUCCCCCUUGGUAGCUUGUGCGCUAGCUAGCGGUCAUAACUUGUGAAAGUAACAGUGUCUUGGGUGGUUUUAACUUCAUUUUGCGUGUGCAGUUCGUGACUCCAAGGUAGAUACAAACGACGACAAACUUGAUCUAAUUCAAAUAUAUAAACUCGCCCGAACCAGUCCCGUGCCUCCGUAGAAUUGUGCUAUGGGCUUGUUGUCACAAGGGUCGCCGCUUAACUGGGAAGAAACCAAAAAGUAUGCUGACCAUGUGCGAAAGCAUGGAAUAAUACAGUUUCUCAACAUUUACAACAAGCUGAAGGAGCGCCAGAAAGAUGUCCUCAAAUGGGGUGAUGAGGUGGAAUACAUGUUGGUUGAAAUGGAUGAUAAAAAUGAAAAAGUCCGUCUUGUGUUGAAUGGUGGUGAGGUCUUACAGACUCUUCAAGACAAAGGUGAAUUAACCAAUCCAAACCAUCCCACCCUAUGGAGGCCAGAGUAUGGCAGCUACAUGAUCGAGGGUACACCGGGCCAGCCCUAUGGCGGGACCAUGUCGGAGUUCAACACGGUAGAGGACAACAUGGGCAAGCGCAGGAGAGAGGCGUCUUUGGUGCUCAACGACAAUGAAACCCUCUGCACCAUCACAUCCUUCCCAAGGUUAGGCUGUCCGGGAUUCACCCAACCUGAACACAAACCCACCCCAGUAGAGAAGGGAGUAUCCAAGUCUCUCUUUUUCCCCGAUGAAGCCAUAAACAGACACCCAAGGUUCAGCACUCUCACUCGAAACAUUCGCCACAGGCGAGGAGAGAAGGUUGCUAUCAACGUGCCAAUAUUCAAGGACAAGAACACACCCUCCCCAUUUGUGGAGAAGUUUCCAGAAGAUGACGGGGAGGCAGCCAGGGCAGCACUUCCUGACCAUGUGUACAUGGACGCCAUGGGCUUUGGAAUGGGCAACUGUUGCCUACAGGUGACGUUCCAGGCCUGUAGCAUCAGCGAGGCCAGAUACCUGUAUGACCAGUUAGCCACCUUCUGCCCCAUUGUGAUGGCCCUCAGUGCUGCCUCUCCCUUCUACCGCGGCUACGUGUCCGACAUCGACUGCCGCUGGGGAGUCAUCUCCGCCUCAGUGGACGACAGGACAAGAGAGGAGAGGGGACUCGAGCCUCUGAAAAACAACAAAUUCCGUAUCCACAAGUCAAGAUAUGACUCCAUUGACAGCUACCUCUCCUGCUGUGGUGAGAAGUAUAAUGACAUAGAACUGACCAUAGAUGAGGACAUCAAUAAACAGCUCCUAGAUGCAGGGAUCGACAAACUGCUGGCGCAGCACAUUGCUCACCUCUUCAUUCGAGAUCCCCUCUCAUUGUUUGAGGAGAAACUUCACCUGGAUGACGAGAACGAGUCUGACCACUUUGAGAAUCUUCAGUCAACCAACUGGCAGACAAUGAGGUUUAAGCCCCCUCCCCCAAACUCUGACAUCGGAUGGAGAGUUGAGUUCCGUCCCAUGGAGGUCCAGCUGACUGACUUUGAGAACUCGGCCUAUGUUGUCUUUGUGGUCCUGCUCACCCGAGUGAUCCUGUCCUACAAGCUGGAUUUCCUCAUCCCGCUCUCAAAGGUGGACGAGAACAUGAAAGUGGCUCAGAAGCGGAAUGCUGUUCAGGAAGGCAUGUUCUAUUUCAGGAAGGACAUCUUCAAAGGCUGUAGCCCAGUCUUCGAUGGAUCCUCAACUGCCCAAAAUGGUCUCGAGGCAGAUGAUGACCAUGAAGAAUACACCUUAAUGAGCAUUGACACCAUCAUCAAUGGAAAGGAAGGUGUAUUCCAAGGGCUGAUCCCAAUCUUGAACUGCUACCUGGAAAAUAUGGAGGUGGAUGUAGACACCCGGUGCACCAUCCUGAACUACCUGAAACUCAUCAAGAAACGGGCCUCAGGGGAGCUGAUGACCAUGGCAAAGUGGAUGAGGGAGUUUGUGGCCAACCAUCCUCAAUACAAACAAGACAGUGUGAUCACUGACAAGAUCAACUACGAUUUCCUGAAGAAAUGUGACGGGAUUGCAAGGGGAGAGGAGCGAUGCCCGGAGCUUAUUGGAGAUCCUGUCAACAGAGGCAAAUAAUAUGGUGGCUUUGCCAAAGGACGGAAACAAGUCCCAUCAUUACUCAAAUCGAUUUGCAUGAAUGACCAAAUGUAUUGAGAGAAAAGAAAAUAUAUAUAUUAUGGGUCCAAAUUGUGGCUUAAACAAAGAAAGAAAGAAAGAAUUGCAUGUGCAGAUUUGCAAUGGUCAUGAUGGAUGUACUAAUUUUGUAUAUAUCAGAUUUUUAUGACUCUGAAGAUUAUUUUAAUAGAUUAAGAAAAGAGAUCAGUGGAAUACUGUAAUUCCAGUCUAACAUGUAAAUAUUUCCCCUCAGUGUAUGGGCCACGGGAUGCGCUUUCUGUUUGUGUGAAUGUAUAUGUAGCCCAACCAGAUUGUACAUCAGUAAGAUUUCCAUGUUGUGUAAAUAUCCCUCUGAUCCGUGAACAAUCAAGCGUAUUUUCACGAAAUAUGUCUGUACUUGUUCGGAGGUUAUUUUAAAAGAAAUGAUUUUAGUUUGCUAAGUUGAACUGCAGUGUAUAAGAACCUUUUAACGAAGCGCUGUCUGUCUUGGCAUCUAGUUACACACUAAACUGAAAAGUAGAACUGUAUGGGUGGACGUGACAACUUUUGGAUUUUAGGUGACAAGGGUCUUGAAAUAAAACUGUAAACUGCA